AUGACGACGGCUAGAAUUUCACGGGCGGCUGUGCCGUUCAUGAGGAAGCUCAGAAAGCCCACAGUACCCGCUGCUAUGAGAUGUGUGCAUCAAAGUACUCGAUUACCUGCGAUGGCAGCGUCCAACUCGGGGACGAGACCGAUACUACAGCCAUUACAUCAACCAUCUAGUAUGCUGAAGCCUACAGCCAUAGGCGGCACACGCAGCAUCUACAUCCAGACGGAGACCACGCCGAACGUGAACGCUCUGAAAUUCGUGCCUAACCACCCGAUCCUCCCGGAAGGGCUAUCGACCCCCUUCAUCGAAUAUAUGAAUGCGAGAUCGACCGUUGCCCCACCCCAUCCGUCGCCGCUGGCUGCGCAGCUGAUGAAUGUUGAUGGGAUUACUUCGGUCUUCUACGGUCCUGACUUCAUCACCGUGACGAAAGCCGAAGAUGCCAAUUGGGGCUAUGUGAAGCCAGAAGUGUUCGCUCUGAUCACCGAGGCUGUGACAUCUGGGGCGCCAAUUGUCAAUAUCACGGAGAACAAGUCGGGGGAGAGUGGGCAGGAGGGGGGCGAGGAGGAUAGCUUGAGCUACAAUGAGAAUGACAGCGAGGUGGUGGGCAUGAUCAAGGAAUUGCUGGAGACGCGGAUUCGGCCGGCUAUCCAGGAAGAUGGCGGCGAUAUCGAUUUCCGGGGCUUUGAUGAGGAGAACGGAGAGGUGAAGUUGAAGCUUCGUGGGGCGUGCAGAACCUGCGAUUCGAGUACGGUUACGCUCAAGAAUGGGAUUGAGGGGAUGUUGAUGCAUUAUAUUGAGGAGGUGAAGCUCGUGACGCAAAUAUUGGACCAGGAAGAAGAGAUUGCUCUGCUAGAGUUCGAAAAAUUCGAAGAGAAGUUAAAGAAGCAGGGUGCGGCAGCAGGAUAG